UAAACAGAAGUGGAGAUGGAAACUCAACAAAAUUAAUAGGAAAUAAAUAUUUACAUUUUUCAAGGAUGAAAAAUACAUUGCUACUGCUUCUUUGUCUUAACAAAAUUUUAUUUACCCAAGGUCAGCCAACGAUUUUUAAUUAGAAUUUAUUGGAAAUAUCGAGAUACUUGAAUACUGCAUUAACAGAAUACAAAUCAUAUUGAUAAAUUUCCUUAUUAAGAAUGGAGAACGAAAGCAGUAAGUUAAAUUUUUCUCUUUUGUAUGAGACUCACGAGACUUCUCUACAACUACUGAAGACUGAUACAGUUGGGAAGUUAAAAGUAGAGAUUCAUAAAUUAUAUGGUAUAUCGCCUGAAGAACAAGUCAUAGAUGGUUGGAGAAACGUCCCAAAUAGUGAUAAAGAAGUAUUACAGGAUUGUGCACAAUUAGACGACAUCACAAAUCUAGUAAUUAAGAGUAUAGAAGAUAAAUUGUUCCAUAUUAAAUUAGCGCAUAAUAAACAAGAUGAAGAUGUUGAAGUAGAAGCUGCAGUCAGUUUUAUAAGUAAAAUAAUGAAUAAGUUUGAUAACUCUCCGAUUCACUUUCAUGCCUGUAAAUUACAAGAUGCAAUCAAUGAGGCCUGUAUGGUGUCGUUAGAGAAGAGAAAAGCUUUAUGCCUUUAUCUGCACAACGAGAAUGACAAAUUUUCCUCUGUUCUUUGCGAAAAUAUCAAGAAAGCUGAAGUCGUCGAGAUUCUAAAUAGAAACUUUUUCUUCUUGGGUUACGACAUAGAAGAAACGAAGUAUCAAAGUGCCUUAAUGUCAGCCUUACAUCGAUGCCGCGACUUAUCUUCUCUCAGUCCCAUAGUGGAAUCGAAAAUCUCAGCAGCUGUAUGUGUCGUGCCUAUUCAAGAUUCCGUAACGAUCUUCUCCUGUAUCAGAGGCAGAGUAUCCAACAAAGAUUUUCUUGUGGCUCUGUCCAACGCGGAAAACUUCCUGGUUGUUGAAAAUCAACAGGAGAAGAAUCUGGAAGAGCUCAGGGAGAAAACUGCCAGCGAAAAUGAUAUGGGCUCCACUAACUAUCAAAAACUUAUGGCUGAUAUGUUGGGCGAUAGGGAUUGGGAUAGGUUCGAACACGAUCAACACGAAUAUUUGAAGAAGAAAAUAGCGUUCGCUUUACUAGGACCGCCGCAGAAAGAGGAGGGUUAUGAGAAAAAGGAUCUGAAGAAGGUGGAAGCUCUCUAUGGAAGCAUACUAAAAAGUAACCAUGAAAUAACAAAAUACAAGGGAAGAGUAGAAAUAUCUUUUAUGUACAACUGUACGGAACCACUGCCUUCGGAAAAGAUGUCCCGAGCGAAGAAAUACAUAGAGUACAACCCCAACACUGACGUUAUGCCUCUUCCCAUUUUCGUCAUAAGGAAAUGCCAUGGCAGCGCUGAUCCUUGUCGAGUAUUCAUCGACAAUAUCGGCCGCACGUAUCAAACCUGGCAUGAAUACAUCGCAAAGAAUAAAUUUCACCAGUGCGAAAUGAUUCUGCCUCUAAACGGAAGGUAUGAAGUUAACGAAAACGGCGAAGUGCUUCUAGAAAGACACCUAUCGCCAGCCUGCGGCGUCGAUUCAAAACUUCUUCAUGGUGCCGACUACCUCAGCACCGCAGGGGGACUGAUAUCUGGGGGAAUAUUUAUCGCAGCGGCUAUCCCUACUAUAGCCGUUGCGCCAGCCGCUCUCAUUGCCGGCGGUGUCAUAGGAUUGGGGGUUGGAAUUUACUCCAUGGGGCGCAGUGCUUACACUUUGUAUGAUCGAAAGAAGCACAAAGAAACGUUAACGUUUGCAAAUUCCGAGGCUAGGGGGGCUUAUCUGAGUAUACUUGCCGGUUCCCUGGGAUUUGUCGGUGUGGGUGCCACUGUGGCCGUGUCCCAGUUGGCUUCGGCCGGUGUAAAUAUCGGACAGGGAGCUGGUGCCGCUAUCCACACGCUUGGUUACGUCAAUUUAGGGGCCACCGGCGCAAGCAUGUUGAAUUCAGGAUACGACGUGAUAGAUCACUGGGUGAGAGAAAAUAAGGCAGUAUCUUUACUUACUAUCAUCCAGCUGAAAUCGUCCAUACUAUUUUUUGGAAACGUGGUACAUCAUAAGGAUUCCAGAUACAUCGAUGAGAAACAGGCCAGAAUCUUGCAAAAUUAUCAGGAAUCCAUGCGAAAUAACAGAGCGAGAAAACCGUUUCUAAAGCUGCAAAAGCAGACACUCCAAAAACAGAAAGGGAAGGAUGUGGAUAGUAAAAUCAUGAUAAUAUCACCCAUUGUAAAGAUCCCUAGCAAAGACGACAUUCUGGCCGUGUUAGUGGCAGGCGAUGAUUCUGAGAAUAAAAAACGGCUUACAUUUAUAAUGAACGAGGAUAAAAUUAAACUCAACGAGGAAGAAAUCGAUAUCAUGGGAGUCAUGAAUAGAACAGAGAGAGAUGCUAGUGUAUUUCUAACAAGUAAUUGUUUUACACCUGAUCCGAGUUCAAAUAAUACGAAAUAUGUCUACGAGAUGAUUUCGAAAACUUUACGGAAUGUAUCUUCGGACGAUAUAGAACUUUUUGUGGACUAUCUAGUAAGAAUAUUAAGUUGUUUCUCCGGAGAAAUAAGAUUCAGGAUUCUUAGAACUUUCAUAAUACUUGUAAAAAACAUCACUAAUUCUGUAGAACAAGCUUUGGAUGAAAUUUUCUCUGACCGGUCAAAAUACUUUCAUCUCAUCGACGUUGUAAUUUGCUUUUUCGGCAAAACGUCGGAAGGACUGAAGGAUCAGUGGAAAACGUGGUUAAAUACUGGGAAGGCUCCUUCUACCUUCCUUUCCUUUUUUGAAAAAAUAGAUGAAGAUGGCUGUAACGAACUGCUGUUCUUCGAGAAGGCCGUUGAGACGAGUUAUCACGAUUUAUAUAGUAAUGUGGACGCUGAAAGGAACCUGUUACGUUAUUUCUACAAUUGGCUCACGAAACAAGUAUAUGACAACCAGGAACGGCUCGAAAGAGACUGGAGCAAGAGAGAAAAGUCGUCUGAUUAUCCCACUGAGAAGGUAUCUUGUACCGUGUGUGGCGGUUACUUCUACAGGAAAAGUAGAAAACAGUAGUUCAUCUAGUCAGUAUUUAUAAAAAAGAGUAGUUAUGAUUUUAGUCAAGCGCAGUACCUCAGACUUUAGUUUAAAUCAGUCGAAAUCGGGAGUAAUGUACAGGGUGUCCCCUUCAGUUAAAAAAAAUGCAAUUUCUUUUUGCAUUUUUUUUCUAUAUAUAAGAUUUUAGGUUUUCUGUUAAAUAGCUGGUCAUUCCUCUUCUUAAACUAUGUAAGGUAGGUACCCAUUUUUCGAGCCGCACAGUUGGUACCUUUGUUAACUUUCAAGGUCGUUCAAAUUAGGCCAAAGCUUCAUCUUGUCAAAGAGAAAUAUCACCUGUCUUUUCAAGUUAUCAAGGAAAAACUUAAAAUCUCGAUAUAUAUUUCUCUUAAACGUAUACAUUUUAUUUUUAUGUGCUCUAUAUUGGGAUUUCUCCAUUUUUUAUUUCAGCGCAUUUUUCUGAUUAGGAUGAGUCGUAUAAUAUGAUUUACUCUUUUGUUUUUGCGGAAAUACCAAAUUAUCCACUUUUAAAAAGAGUGCCAUGAAAACAAAACAUCCAACUGUCACUUCAAAUUAAAUUUUGACAGUUAGUUCAGUUAAAUUUCUGUUGGCAGUGUCAAAGUUUAGAUAACUAAAAAUACAAUUUUCACAUGAAGAACAGUGAGAUAUGCUUCAAAUAUAUUAAUUGGGUAAUUUGAGGAGUAUCUGGCUUCGUCUUACCUGAAAAUUGCAUUUUUAAUUACCUAAACUUUCACAUUUCAAUGAAAAUUUAAUUAAACUGUCAAAAUUUCAUUUGGAGUAGUAGUUGGAUGUUUUGUUUUCAGAGCACUCUUUUUAAAAAUGGAUAAUUUGCUACUUUGAUGAAAACAAAAAGCAAAUCAUAUUGUAUGACAUAUCAGAAAAAAGCAAUUAAAUCGAGAAUGCAAAAAUUCCAAUACGCUUCUACAUAUUUGAAGUUUUCAAUUGAUCUUAUUCGUCUAUUAUUUCUGCUACUGCUGCUACCAGAUAUCUCUUAAAAUAAUCUAGAUUCCUAGCAUGUUUCAAAAAUCGGGCACCCUCUAUGUAAAUAAUAA